AUGUCUACGCGGGAACAGAUCUACGUCUUCGAGACGAUAAAGGCCAUGAAGAAGAAGAUCGCGCGAGAUGCAAUUGAAUCCGACUCCGACUCUGAGAUCCAGGUCCCGACCAAUAGAGGCAACAAGCUCAAGCAAAAGGCAAAGUUUGUCCGCGAGGGCAAGUUAGGCCCUCCUACUGGACCUGCGGUCUACAAAGAGGCAUGUUCUGUGGUCGAACACACAGGCUACCAUCGAGCCAUCAUUAGCCGAAAUCCACCAUUAGUUGACGAAGAUGGUUAUGACAUUGACAGCGACGACGACGAAGAACGCAUUCAGGAUGCUGUGGCCGCCGCUGCCGAGGCCGAUCCUUACUCGUCUAUUCGCCUUGAGCAGCUCCUCGCCCCCCUCACUUCAGUCACCGAGCUGCCCACCCACCCGACGCUCUCACGACCAUUUCUCUCCCCCGCUCUCACCGAACUUGCCAACCAAGGAAGCGAGCUCAUGCGCAAGGAGAAUGCUGCGCUCUCGAAAGUGCGGCCCCUCUUGACCAAGCUCAGUGGCGAUCACACCUGGGCCAACUGCGAGAUGUUCCUAGGCCCCAACGAUAGCGAAUAUUUCGACGACGGAUAUAUAAUGCGCGCGAUGAAGCGCAGGAGGAUAGGUUCUCCAAGUGGUGACGUCGAACAUGCAGCGAUCGGCAGGUUAAAUUUCAGUGCUGCAGCAGCGCCACCCUCAGUCAAUGGGGAGCAGAGCCAUGUCAAUGGUGCGGAGCCCAGCGACAAACAACAACGAUCAGCCGAUGAAGACGUCGCUAUGAUAGGCAGCGACGAAAAUACAAGUGUAGGACAGCCAGGACAGGAUACUGAGACAGCAACGUCACAGGAUCACGCCGGCAUGCGAGGAAAGGAGGAACCACCGGCUGCAGGUGGGAACAGGCCACAAGAGCAGGGUACUGAGCAUAUAAAUGGCGGCAGUCAUGCCCCAGGGCAACGGGAAAGAAAAGGAAAGGAGCCUGAGGCUGGGACAGAUACGAAAGACGGUGAUAUCGUCAUGCACGGAGGCACCGAACCCUUUGAGGACCAGAGACGGUCUAAUCUACCAGCACCGCCCAAUGACGAGGAGGCCGCCAGUCUCCUGGCGGCGCUAACGGACGAAUCAUACGUACAUCCCAUCUUCCUGGCGCCCAAGUCAGCACACCCGGAUCGAGACUUGGGGCUGCCGGAACAAGAAGCAGAAGACGUCCGUCGGCUGCUUCAAGCGUAUGUACAGAAACAGGAAGAGGUCUGCCGCGGCGCCCGGAAACUCUACGAGGGCCUCCUGAGGGCAGAUCGUAUGCGCAAGACGGUAUUGGCCUGGUCGAAAGCUGAGGCGCACUGUGGUCCCAACAGAGACAUGUCUGAUGGUGAGGAUUGGUAUGACAAAGAUGAGUGGGGCCUGGUUGAGGACCUGAAGAAGGGACAGGAUGAGGAGGAGGAGGACACUGCUCAGCCACAAAAGAAGACCAGGAAUCGCAACAAGUAG